AUGAAGGGACCCAGCAAAGCUAUCGGGGGCGUGCUCGCAACACUUGUUGGGCUAACCCAGGCGAACUCCGAUAUCGUUUCCCUCUUCACCAAUGGCGCAGCCUACAUCCAGGAAGCCAGUGCCACCCUAGUUCUUCCUAAGCUGCCUAGCUCUGUCUCAGGAGACGUCGCGAUAUGGAGUGCCAUCAUGAUGGAGAACCAGGCAUCGUUCCUGCAAGGCGUGACUUCCAACUCUCCUAGCUCAAAUCCCACCGUCGGUGACCCCGUCACUGCAUCACCCGGAUCUACGAUUAGGACGCAUUACAAGUUGAACUCGGCAACCAAUCUCUGGGACCAAGAUGUCUACAUUGACAACAAACUCGCUUCCUCAGUCUCUACCAGCUGGGAAGAUGUCUCCAUUGUGCUCAGCCAGGCUGACCAGAGUUUUGGGCACACCGGAGGCUGGGAACAUGGCGCUACCGGUGGCGACAUGUCAUCUCCUGACGGUGGCAAGACUUGGAAUUUCAGCACUCUCAAUAUUCCAACGCAGAAGGCCGAAUAG